CGAACUUGUAUUAUGGAUGACAACCUCGGCAGCUUCUCACUGUCCUCUCUCCUUUUGCCACCUCGCUAUAGUUUGGUUCACAGAUAAAUUUCUAGGCGAUAUAUCUAAUAAAAUACGAUCAAAAUUUUCUUUUUCUUCUUUUCCCGUUUCGAGUUCAUUCUAAGUUUUUGACCGACUCGCGUAAAGGCGGGUUACCGCACGCUCAUCGCUGUAAAGUUGAGAGACUUCGCUACGCUUUUAUUGAUUAAUCAGCAGGUCUUACUUUCACAGCGAGUUGCGAGUCCAAAGCAUGCCUCCUAGGAAAAGAACCUCAGCUAGAGGAUCAGCUGGCGAUUGUCCUGUUAGUAAAAAGGCCCGCUCAGCAGACGUGGAUAUUGCAGAUGGUCUGGUACGAUGGGAAUUGGAAGGAGAUAACAGAAAAUGGGUCGAGUUAACCAGUGAACAGAACAAAUUAUUGACAGGAGCAUGGUCCAAAAAUAAAGAUGAGAUAAGCAUUGCAGUUGCACCUAAGAUGACAAUGAUUUUUCACAUGAAGAAAAUGGUGCAAAAAAACAAAAAGACGGGAUUUGAACGCAGAAUCAGAAUGGCUAUAUUGGACAAAGCAGACAAUGACUUCUAUGUAUGGCAGUGGGAAGAUGAGAAGGGUCAGUGGAACCCAUACUCUGCUGCAGUUUGCCUUGAACUGGAAAAGGCACGGGAAGACAAGCAAGAAAGCAUUGAUUUUGAAGCCUGUGGCAGAACAUACCGCGUGGAUCUCCUCAAACUGGAGCAAGUGAACAUAUCUACUAAUGUCAUUCGUAAAGUUGCUCGAACCAAAUCAGAUGCCACAGUAGCUGAUGCUGAAAAUGUUCUGUCCGUAUCAUCAUCUUCAACCAUGAUUGAUUCUGUAAAGAAAGAGGAAGAAGAGGAAGAAGAACCUGUGAAAACAAGCAAAAGACGAGGCAAAUCAGGUGGAAAGGGCAAGAUUGAAGGAAAGAAGAAAGAAGAGGACGGAGAAUUACAGACAAAAUCUGUUGUCCGCAAAGUAGUGGUCGACAAGGGCAGUGCACCAGUGGACGCCGAGUGCCCUCUUGCUGAAAAAUGCCAUGUAUACAAAACGGCCAAGGUUAUCUGGGACUGCAUGCUCAACCAGACAAAUGUUGGGAACAACAACAAUAAGUACUACAUCAUUCAGUUGUUGGAGGAAAAUGGGAAGAAGGCGUUUCAUGUCUGGCAGCGCUGGGGUCGUGUUGGUUACAAGGGACAGACCAACAUUGUCAACUGUAGCGGUGACCUAGACAAGGCAAUAAAUGUGUUUAGUAAAAAAUUUCAAGAUAAGACUGGCAACAGCUGGAACUGCAAGGAGAAAUUUGUUAAACAUCCAGGAAAAUAUGACCUUUUACACAUGGACUACUCUGCUAAGGAGGACCAAGUAGAUGCUGCCUUAGUACCAGACGAUGAAGAUGAAAAUCUCAAGACACCUGAUUCAAAACUUCCAGAAAAAGUGCAAGAUCUCAUCAAGUUAAUCUGUGAUGUCAAGUCAAUGGAAGAAGCUGUUAUUGAGAUGAAGUACGAUGCUAAGAAAGCACCACUUGGCAAGUUGACAAAAGAACAGAUUAAAGCUGGCUAUGAAGCUUUGAAGGAAAUAGAGACUUUGAUCAACAACAAGGACUUUGGUUCCAGAUUGACUGAGGCCUGCAGUAACUUUUACACGAGGAUACCCCAUGAUUUUGGCAUGAGAGCUCCAGUUGUUAUUAAGACGCCACAAGCGGUGAAAGAAAAGCUGCAACUGCUUGAGGCUCUGGAAGACAUUGAGUAUGCCAUCAAGAUGCUGAAGACUGGAGAUAAAUCAGAGAAUCCAGUUGAUCGCCAUUAUCAUGCACUUACGUGUGGUUUGUCAGUCCUUGAUCGCAACUCCAGUGAAUUCAAGCUCUUGGAUGAAUAUCUGCAAAAGACACAUGCAGCUACUCAUAAUCAGUACAAAAUGAAACUGCUAGACGUCUUUGAAGUUCAGAAACAAGGAGAAAAGGAGAGAUUUGUUGACUGUGGUAACAGAAUGUUGCUGUGGCAUGGCUCACGCUUAACCAACUGGGCGGGCAUCUUAGGUCAGGGUCUAAGAAUUGCACCACCUGAAGCACCUGUCACUGGUUACAUGUUUGGCAAGGGAGUAUACUUUGCUGACAUGUCAAGCAAGAGUGCAAACUACUGCUUUGCUUCUAAGCAGAAGAAUAUUGGCCUAAUGUUGCUGUGUGAUGUGUCUCUUGGCAGUAUGAAUGACAAAUUUGCAGCCGAUUACUAUGCAGACAAACUCCCCAAGGGAAAGCACAGUGUUCGUGGAUGUGGGAGUGUGGGACCUGAUCCAUCCACAUACAAAAACUUGCCUGAUGGUGUAGUGGUGCCAGUAGGAAAGGGAGUGAACACCGGUGCAAAGAACCCUUCUGGAUUUACGUUGAAUUACAAUGAAUAUAUUGUCUACGAUACACGACAGAUCUGCAUGCGAUACUUAUUAAAAGUGCAAUUUGAUUUUAAGUAGAUUAUACCUUUCCAUUUGAAGUUAUAAUUUUUAUUGACGUUCAUAUCUUCAGCAAUUUUUCUCCUCUUUUCUGGUUUUUACUUUUGUUAAAAGCCUACGCAUAAAAAGCAACAAAACUGGUUAUAGAACAGAGUGAUGUUAUGUAUUAUUGAUGUAUGGGGACUGAGCAUCAUUAUUUAACAAUACAACCCAAAUUGUUUUGGUUGCAAGACAGCUGACAUUCCUGGCACCUUUAUUAUAUUGAAAAUAGUUCUUUUCAGUAAUGAAAUCUCUUGUACCCUAUUUAUUAAUGAAUUUUGUGACUAGUAGAGCUAGCCAGGUGGGUUAGGAUGUGAGGAAGCUAAGAUUAGGUGAUUGACCUGUUGAAGUUCUUUACAUAUGUGUAUGUGUCAGUGUGCCUGUGUGGUCUUGAUCAUUUCCUUCUACUUCAGGUCUCUCCGAAAGCAACCAUGGUAAUGUAUUUGUCAUCUUAGUUUAUGACUUGAAGAUAAUUAGGAUUAAAUCAUAAAAGGAAUGCAAUAUGAUGAUGAAAAACAUUUAAUGAUCUUCACUUACUGGAACAUGAAUGUUGCAAUGUUCAUAAAAUACCACCACACUU